AUGGCGGACAUCUCAAAUUGGGUCAAAAUGGCUGAUCUUCCCGCCAAAGCAGCUAUGACCACCACAUCAUCUCCAGUAAAUCGAAGUCUAGACGGGAAACCGAAACUUUCCAUCCAGGACUUUCCAGCCAGGGACCACCCCAUCGUCUGUGCUAUCCCCACCCCCAGCCAAUCACCUAGGGACACGGUGUUCCCUUUCCUAAUUUGGCAAGGGACCCACCCGGAUCCAGACCCGGAACCAAUAAGGCUUAAAAACCCCCACACUCCCCAACCCGGCGCGGCUUCCCUGACUCCGGCCACCUCUCCGAUGUUUCUGUGGUUGGCAGGUAUUAUGAAAAGAGUCCUAAUGCAUAGCCUGAGGUGUUUCUUCUCCAGGGUGGGUCUUCUCUCCAAACCAAGAUUACUCCCCUGGUGUGCCACAAAACCUCCAGGUUGGUCACAGCUCUUUAAGAGCUCAGCAUGUAAGGGAAACUUCACUUACAUGAUAGCCAAGAAGUGUCAAAGAGGACAAAAAAGUUAGAAGAAAUCAAACCAUGUUGGACCACCUAAUGGUUCCUGGCAGGAAAGGCUGGCCUAUGUUGUGACACCGCUCUGGAGACUGAGCUGUGAGGAACAGUUCAAGGUGAAAUUUGAAGCUCAGAAGAAAAUUUUACAGAGACUAGAGUCUUACUUCCAAAAGCUCAAUGGAGUCAAUGUGACAACAUCUGCACCCAGAGCUGAGGGGCUCUGUUGUCUUUUCCAUCCUAUUAUAUCCUCACCUGUCAUCAACGGCUACCAAAAUAAGUCCACCUUCUCUGUGAACUGAGGUCCAGAUGGCAAUACAAAGACCAUGGGGUACUACCUGGGAACUUGGAGAAUUCAAAACAUCGUUUGUGUACCCUCUAACCAUCUGGAGAACAUCCCUGAAAAACACAGUCAAGUGGCCCAGUACUAUGAAGUAUUUCUUUGACAGUCUGCAAUGGAGUCCUGCUUUUUGUUUCAUGAAGGUGGGUACUGGUGUGAGCUCAUAUUCUGCACCGAUAGCCGAGGGCACACAAUGGCCAUCAUCACUUUCCAUCCCCAGGAAUUAAGACAGUUGGUUUUGGAAGUGUCAGGGCAGGUAGCAGAAAUUACACAUCCACAGAAUAUUUAUGUGGGUUGGGAAGAGGGGUUAGGGACUGAGGUGAAGUUCCAUGUUAAUGAUGAUGUGAGGAUUCCCAAGUAUUUUCACAAGAACUUUGCCCAUGGAAGUUGGAGGAGCUCAGUAUUCAGAGAGACUCUAAAGAAAUUUUUCACCACUGGGCCAGGAGCAGUCUGUGAUUUGACAUCCCUUUACUUUCAGGAAAGCACCAUGAUGCAUUGCAGCCAUCAGCAGUCCCCCUAUCAGCUCCUAUUUGGGGAACCCCAUCUCUUUGAAGAUCUCUUGGGCUUGAAGAUGUGUAUCUCUCCAGAAGCCUUUUUCCAGAUUAAUAAUGCUGGUGCAGAGGUGCUAUAUCGGACAGUGAGGGAGCUAGUGAACUCUAACACCAUCCUCCUCGAUAUCUGCUAUGGAACUAGUGUGAUUGGUCUCUCUCUGGUUCAGUAUAUCUCCCAAGUCCUUGGUAUUAACUUGGUGGAACAGGCAGUAGAGGAUGCCAGGUGGACUGCAGCCUUCAAUGGUAUCACCAACUGUGAAUUCCACACAGGUCGAGCAGAGAAGAUUUUACCACAGCUGCUACAGUCAAAGGAAAAUUGGCAGUUCAUUGUUGCUGUGGUGAGCCCAGCCCAGGCAGGACUGCACUAUCAGGUGGUUCAAGCCAUUCAAAACUGCAGGGCUAUCCACACGCUGAUUUUUGUUUCCUGCAAGCCCCAUGGUGAAACCACAAGGAACAUCAUUGAGCUAUGCUGUCCUCCAGACUCAGCUAAGAAGCUCUUUGCACCCAGUCCAGUGUCUGGAAUGUGCAGGUGCUCAGAGAGGCAAUAUAGCCUACUGGCCAAGAGGACUGGCUUUGAAAUCUGUCUGACCUGGCCUUGAAUCCUGGCUCCAUCACUUACAUGCUGUGUGACCUUGGAUCACACUGGAUACCAGUACUGCUGACAGGGUACUCCUGGCAUGUAGAAACAACAUACAAAUGAAGAGUGGGCCACUCAAGUUGUGCUGAAGGGAGAGUAUAGUUAACAAUGUUGGAAUGUUCGUGGUCAUCGUCUUAGCCUCAUUUGGACCAACUGAUCUUGAGACACUUGCUCAGCACUGCGCAGAAUCGAUACGCCACCCAGACCUCCCUGCAUAUGCUGAAGAUUGACUCCUGCAUCUCUUACCAGCACACCUAACAGAGGCAGCUCAGUACCUGUCUGAUGAGCAUCUUUCCCCAGAGCCUCUGGUGCCCUUGGAGGUUGGAAUGCUUGAGCGUCAUGGAAGCAAAGGAGGAGAGCAUUUCUUGUAGGAGAGGGAGAUCUGCCCUAUAUAAUGCCAAAUGCAACAGAGAGGUCAAGGAGAAUGAAAAUUGAGAAAAGCCAAGGAUUUUGACUAUUAGAAAUGCAGAAUGAGGGACACCUGGGUGGCUCAGCAGUUGGGCAUCUGCUUUCGACUCAGGGCGUGAUCCCGGAGUGCUGGGAUUGAGUCCCACAUUGGGCUCCCUUCAUAGUGCUUGCUUCUCCCUCUGCCUAUGUCUCUGCCUCUCUCUGUAUCUUUCAUGAAUAAAUAAAUAAAAUCUUUAAAAAAAAGAAACGCAGAAUGACAUGUACACUUAUCUUCUGAACUCCUUUUACUCAAAAUGGGAAUCAGUUUAAAAAGGAAAUCUAUCACUUUUUGCAGUCUGGAUACAUAUCUACUUUAACUUUAGAGCAAACAUUGCUUAUAGGGAGAAUAUAUAAGAAAGCAGCUGUGACAGCCAUAAGCAGACUCUUGCCAUGCUGUCCAUUAGAAUUUUCUGUGAUGUGGAAAUGUUCUCUGUGGCUGCUAAACACUUGAAAUGUGGCUAGUGUAACUGAGGAACUGAAAUUUUAACUUUAUUUAAUCUUAAUUCAUUCCAACUUAAAUAGCCACAUGUGGAUAGUGGCUGCAGUCAGUCUAAUUGAAGAAGCAAGGCAUAUACUCUUGAAACCAUUAAAUACCAAAAGGAUUGUGGCCAGACAGUAGAGACUUAAUUAUUCAACAAGAGAUUGAUACCUUUCUGGGAUGGAGAAUUUAAGGAGAGUCUUAUAGAGUAGGUGAAACUUGGGCUUGACCUUGAAGGAUAUAUAGUAUUUGGAUAGUAGCAGGAAAGAAGGCAGGAGGUCACUCCAGAUGGGUUGGAGGGGGUAGGCAGAAAUUUAGAGUUAGAAAUGCCUCCUAUAUGAGAAGUUGGAGGACAGUGGCUAUUCUACAAUAGAGCUUUUAUAUUAGGAGUUAGGUGGGUUUGGGCCAGGUCACGGACAGCCUUAAAUCCUAUAAUAAGGUAUGUGGGCUUUGUCCACAUAGGCCAGUGUUUUUACAAAGCUUGCUUAAAACAUGGAUUCCCAGGCCUCACCCUGACCUACUAAAUCAAAUUUUCAGGGUUUCAGCUUAGGAAAUCAGUAUUUUAAGGAAGCUCCUCAGGUGUGUAUGCUGCACAUUCAAGUUUAAGAUCUAUUAGGUAAAAAAAUAAUAAAAAUAAUAAGAUCUAUUAGGUAGGCAGAAGGGAGCCCUUGGGAACUUUUGGUCAAAGGAGUGAUGUGAUGACAGAGGUAUCACAGGAAGCUUGAUAAAGUGGGAAAGUGUAGGAUAUAGAAACUAGGUAAGGAAAUCAGUUAGGUGACUGUUAAAAUAGUUCAGAUAUGAAUUUCACAAAUGCAGACUUCUUUCUGGCUUGUAUCUUUGGAACUUUGAAAUUGAUCCCUAAUAUUUCCUAUAUUUGAAUUUUCCACACAAUUUGUUUGCUGUUUGAAAUGACUACGGCCCAGGCACCAGAGCCUGGCUUCCUGGGUUCAAAUCCCAGCCCUACAACCUAAGCUGUUUUAGCUUAGAGACACUCCUUAAUUUCUCUGUGCUUCAAUGUCCUUAUUCAUAAGCUGGAGAUGAUCUUAGUGCCUAUAUCAUAAGUACAUUGUAUUAAAUGAGAUCAUAAAUAGCUUACAACAGUACCUGGCAUAUAGUAAGCACUCAAAAUUGGUGUUAAUAUUAUUUAAACUAAAAAUUAGCUCUUUUAGUUUAUUAUGAUUUGUAUAAUAGUUAAAGCCAAACAGAUGCAUCUCACAAAAAAGUGUCAAAUUUGCCCACUUAUAAUAUUAAAACCAAGCCCUAUACUUUUUGCUUAUUGAGUUAUAUUUCAAAGCUUCAUUCUUCACUUAAUUUAACAUAUGGUCAUCCUUCAUAAAAUAAAUCUAAAUAGAUGACAAAUUGUUCUUCUCACUGAAUGUGUUAAUCUAUGGUUAGUUCCUGGCUAUGAAUUAUAUAUAUCUUUGUACUUUUUAAGUUGUUGCUAGCUUUCAAUGAAUGCUGUUUAUAAUAUUUAUUUGAGAAAAAGAAUGACUUCUAUUUGUUCUUCUAGGGGGCUGAUGAUUAAAAAAAAUUUGGUUUCUUGGGCAGCCCAGGUGGCUCAGCAGUUUAGCACCACAUUUGGCCCAGGGUGUGAUCCUGGAGAUCUGGGAUCGAGUUCUGCAUUGGGCUCCCUGCAUGGAGCCUGCUUCUCCUUCUG